AUGAGUAUCUCCUGGAGACCAGUGUUUACCCUCGUGAACCCAAGCCCUGAAGGAGUUAAGGGCUGUUACUGCUACCACCCAAGAGCAAUGAUGGGUACUUCUCCUGAUUCUGGUCAACUAAUGGCCAUGCUCUUGACUCUUGUAAAUGCAAAAGGACAAUUGAAAUUGGAGUUUUCACUGGCUACUCACUGCUUUCUCACUGCUCUUACAAUCCGGAUGAUGGCAAGGUUUUCACUGCUACCCAUCGCCAGGUUGCCAAUUAUUAAAAAAGCUGGGGUGGAGCACAAAAUCAACUUCAUCCAGUCUGAGGCUCUACCAGUUCUUGAUAAACUGUUGGAGACUAGUGACAGUGAAGGAAGUUUUGACUUUGCUUUUGUUGAU